GCAAAAAGACCGAAAUGCCCUUAAGAUAAAAAUUAAAAAAAUACCCACCCCAACCCAUCAUCUCUCUUUCCUCUCGAUCUCUCUCUCUCUAUGUCUGGGCGGUGGAGCGCUCUCUCUCUUCUUUUCUGUUGUUCCUCGCGCCGCCUCCUCCGGCAUCGAAUCGCCAUCGCAUCGCCUCUUCCGGCUGUAACGGAGAAUCGCAGGUGGUAGCUGGUAUGAAUUACAGGCUCGUGAUCUCCGCCAAGGAUGGCGCCGCAGCCGCCCCCAAAACCUAUACCGUCGAAUUCCAGUUGGUUCUUCGUGAAUAGCUGGUGGAAUUGAAUGGAUUGACUGAUUUGUGGCGAUGGCGGUGCGGUCAUCCGGCAAUUGCGUGGCAUGAAGAGGAAUUGGUUGAUUUGCUGCAAUGGCGGUGGGGGAUUCGAGAUGCUCCAAAUUUGUUCGAUUAUGAAAAAAUAGAUUUUAGGAAAAUUCUUCGAAAAGUUGGUAUCUGAGGAACUAGCCUUACCUAAGGAAAAUUCUUCGAAAUUUGGAGUUCCAAGAAUAUAUACGGACUUGGAUCUGGAGUUCCAAGAAUUUUUGUUUCUGGUGUGGGGUGGGGUUUUGACGGAUUUGGAUUGUAUUUUAAUUAGUUGAAUUCACAGUUGAAGUUGUUGGUGUAUGACAAAUUUGAUAUUUGGGGAUUAGCAAUUGAGUACUUUAGUAAUGAGUUGCACAAAGAGAUUUACGUUAGCAAUCUCAUGCCUUUCUCAGUUUCUUUCACCUUUCUCUAUUCAAAUUUGGGUAUGAAUAUUAAUGCAUGGAAAGUGUUUGAUGAAAUGCCUGCCAAAAUUGGCUGUCUGGGAUAUUGUUUGGGACGAAGAAGGACGAGCACUCUGCUGUCAAGAAGGCGACUUCCCCACAGUAGAAGCUAGAAAAUCAGAUUGAACGCGUCGAUUGUUUAUCAUUUAGUAAUUGUACAGUAAAAGAUGCAAUUUUUAAGUCAUGCUUUACUGUUUAUGUCUAGCUUCAAUCAUGUAGUUGAAGAAAGAAAUGCCUGCUGCUCUCCUCUCUCUCUCUCUAUACAUUGAUUUCACGCAUACACUUCCUGCUCAAAGAAGCGCUUCCGCCGCCGCCAUGGCUCGACCGCAGCAGCGCUACCGCGGCGUGCGCCAGCGCCACUGGGGAUCUUGGGUCUCCGAAAUCCGCCACCCAUUGCUAAAGACAAGAAUAUGGCUAGGCACGUUCGAGACGGCUGAGGACGCGGCGAGGGCGUACGACGCGGCGGUGAGGAUGAUGUGCGGGGCGCGGACCCGCACGAACUUCGCGUAUGACGCGAGCGAGCCGUCGGGGAAGCUGCUGUCGGCGACGCUGAUGGCGAAGCUGCAGAAAUGCCACGUGACGUCUCUGAAGAUGGCUAACAAAGCGGUGAAGCAGAGUAACGAGGCAGAGCAUCAGGCCGCGAGGCCUCACGAUGAUCAGAAUGAGAAUGGGAUGAUCAAGUCCCUUGAAGAUGAUCAGAUUGAGCAGAUGAUUCAAGAGCUGCUUGAUUAUAGCUUAAUUGAGCUCUCUUCUGUUAUGGACAAUUAACUUUCUUUUUCACUUGUUUUUCAAGCCCACAUGCCGUAAUUAACUGUGUAAUUAAUGGGCCACAAAAUGUUAGCAAUAAAAAUUAGGGUGAUUUUAAACACAGCCCCCAAUUUUCUCA